AUGGAAGGAAUUGUCUCUGUUUUUGAAAGUCGUAAACUUCAAGUUCAAACGACAAGAUCUUGGGACUACAUGGGCUUAACCUUGAAGAUUCCAAGAAGUCCUACCAUUGAGAGUGAUAUAAUUAUUGGUCAUAUUGACACGGGUGUAUUACCUGAAUUAAAGAGUUUAUCUGACCACAAUUUACGCCGUAUUCCAAAAAAAUGGAGAGGUGUUUGUCAUGGCGGACAAAAUUUCACAUGCAACAAGAAGUUAAUUGGAGCUAGGUAUUAUGCCGGACAGUCAGCAAGGGACAUAGAUGGUCACGGGAGCCAGACUGCCUCUGUGGUGGCCGGAAGGGUUGUGAAUAAUGCUAAUUUUGUUGGCAUAGCAAAUGGUACUGCUAGAGGAGGUGUUCCAUCUGCAAGGAUAGCAACAUAUACAGUAUGUGAUGAAUAUUGUUAUGAUAGAGACGCUAUGGCCGCUUUUGAUGAUGCAAUUGCUGACGGUGUUGACAUUAUCACAAUCUCAAUUGCAUAUUCUGUCCCAGUUAAGAUUAGUGAAAAUGUAGUUGCAAUCGGCUCUUUUCAUGCAAUGCAGAAAGACAUUUUAACUGUACAAGGUGCAGGAAAUUCUGGUAUUAACAUCUUAAAAACUGUUUCAAGCAAUGCACCAUGGUUGUUUACUGUGGCUGCGAGUAGCAUCGACAGAAAAAUUAUCAAUAAGCUUGUUCUUGGAAAUGGUCGAACAUUCAUUAGCAAUGCAUUGAGUCCUUUUGGAACAGGAACACACAACAAGAGGCUAUGUAUCUAUGGUUGCAUUGAUCCAGACUUAGUCAAGGGGAAGAUUAUAGUAUGUGAUGUGAAUCUCGAUAAGUCGGAUGUUGUAUAUGCAGCUAUGGUUGCCAAUGCAAGUGGGGUUAUUCUUCGAAUAAAUACAAGUUCAAACGAUGGUUCUUCAUUCACACCUUUUCCCACUGCAGCUUUGAAUGAUCCUGAUUUUCAUUAUAUCGAGUCUUACCUGAAAUCCAGGAAAAAAACAAAGGCACACAUACUAAAGAGUGAGACUAUUAAGUUUCAUGCUCCCAUAGUUGCUUCUUUCUCUUGUAAAGGGCCUAACAUUAUUUUACCACAAAUUUUAAAGCCUGAUAUAACUGCACCGGGCGUAGAUAUUUUAUCAGAAUGUCCAAUUGACAUUAUUCUUGACAAACUUCCUGGUAAGUACACUAUUGCAAGUGGAACAUCCAUUUCAGGUCCCCAUGUUGCUGGCGCGGUUGCUUUUGUGAAAUCAAAGCAUCCUAAUUGGUCAGCUUCAGCUAUCAAAUCCUCUCUUAUGACUACCGCUUGGACCAUGAAUAAAAAAUACAAUGUAGAUGCUGAACUUGGAUAUGGAGCCGGACACAUUGAUCCUGUGAAGGCAGUAUAUCCUGGGCUCGUAUAUGAGACAUUUACAGACGAUUAUACCAAUAUGUUUUGUAGUCUUGGUUUAGAAGGAGAAAAGUUGAUAAAGAUGUUAGGAGCCAAACAUAAAUGUCCUAAGGGGAUAAGAGUGUUUACAAAGGAUCUCAACUACCCAACUAUGAGCGCCCCAGUGUAUAGUAAUAGUAAUUUGUCUUUCAAAAUUCAAUUUACAAGAAUUGUGACAAAUAUUGGACAUGCUAACUCUACGUAUCACGCACAAAUUAGUACUGAAGAUAAUAACAUCUAUAUCAACGUGGAACCAAGUGUAAUCUCUUUUGUUAAACUGAAUCAGAGAAAAAGGGUUAGAAGUCCUAUUCUAUUGUAUCGUGCAUCUAUCAUUUGA